AUGUCCACAACUGUUCCGCUAACAACUACCACAUCAGAACAAUCGACAAAUACUAUCAACAACGUCCACAACUGUUCCGGAAACAACUACUACACCAUUACUAUCAACAACGUCCACAACUGUUCCGGAAUCAACUACCACAUCAGUUCUAUCAACAACGUCGACAACUGUUCCGGAGACAACUACCACACCAGUACUAUCAACAACGUCCACAACCGUUCCAGAAACAACUACAACACCAGUACUAUCAAUAACGUCCACAACUGUUCCGCAAACAACUACCACACUAGUUGUAUCAACAACUUCGACAACUGUUCCGGAAACAACUACCACACCAGUUGUAUCAACAACUUCGACAACUGUUCCGGAAACAACUACCACACCAGUUGUAUCAACAAUUUCGACAACUGUUCCGGAAACAACUACCACACCAGUUGUAUCAACAACUUCCACAACUGUUCCAGAAACAUCUUCCACAUCUGUACUAUCAACAACGUCAUCAACUGUUCUGGAAUCAAGUUCCACACCUGUACUAUCAACAAUGUCAAAAACUGUUCCGGAAACAACUACCACAGCAGUGCAAUCAACAAUGUCCACAACUGUUCCGGAAACAACUACCAAACCAGUACUAUCAACAACGUCCACAACUGUUCCGGAAAUAACUACCACAUCAGUACUAUCGACAACUGUUCAGGAAACAACUACUACACCGGUACUAUCAGCGACGUCCAAGACUGUGCCAGAAACAACUACCACAUCAUUACUAUCAACAACGUCCACAACAGUUCCGGAAACAAUUACCACAUCAGUACUAUCAACAACGUCCACAACUGUUUCGGAAACAACUACCACACCGGUACCAUCAACAACAGCUACAUCUGUUCCGGAAACAACACCAACAAUACCAUCAACAAGAGUCACAUCUGUUUCGGAUACAACAAUCGUAACAGUACCACCAACAACGACCACAACUGUUCCGGAAAUAACAACCACAACAGUACUAUCCACAUCUAUUAUAUCUCUGUUUCGGAAACACCAACCACAACAGUAUUAACUUUAACGACUACUCCUGGCCCUGAACCAGCAACCGCCACUAUACCAUCUUCAACGACUACAGCUGAGCUGGAAACAACUGCCUCAACUGUUCUAUCAUCUACAGCUGAUCCGGAAACAACUACCAUAUCAGUACCAGCGAUAACGACAACACAAUCUACAACCGCAACAGUGCCGUCCGUAACGGGCAUAAACAUUCCGGAAACAACGACCAAAAAGGUAUCAUCCUCAACGACCACCACUGUUCCGGAAACGGACGGUACCUCAAGUACCACAAAGGUUUCGGAUUCAACUUCAUCAUUUGUUUCACCAACAAUUACCACAACUGUUCCUGGAAAAACCUCCACAAGUGUACCAUCUCCAACGGCUACUACACUCCCUGAAACCACUACCACACUCUUAUCAUCUUUAACUAUUACAACUACUCCAGAAUCAACUGCAACACAAAUGUUAUCAACAACGGAUACAACUGUUCCGGACACUACAACAAUAAUAUCGUCAGGAACGCCAACAACUGGUCUUGAAACAACUACCACACCAGUACCAUCCACAACGACCAUAACUGUACCAUCCACAACUACCACACCUGUUCCGGAAACAACUACAACACAUGUUCCGGAAACAACUACAACAUCUGUUCCAUCCACAACUACCACAACUGUUCCGGAAACAACAACCACAUCAGUACCAUCCACAACGACCAUAAAUGUUCCGGAAACAACUACCACACCUGUUCCAUCCACAACGACUACAACUGUUCCGGAAACAACUACCACACCUGUACCAUCCACAGCGACCACAACUGUUCUGGAAACAACUACCACACCUGUACCAUCCACAGCGACCACAACUGUUCUGGAAACAACUACCACACCUGUACCAUCCACAACGACUACAACUGUUCCGGAAACAACUAACACACCUGUACCAUCCACAGCGACCACAACUGUUCCGGAAACAACUACCACACCUGUACCAUCAACAGCGACCACAACUGUUCUGGAAAUAACUACCACACCAGUACCAUCCACAACGACUACAACUGUUCCGGAAACAACUACCACGCCAGUACUAUCAACAACGUCCACAACUGUUCCGGAAACAACUACCACACCUGUACCAUCCACUACGACUACAACUGUUCAGGAAACAACUAACACACCUGCUCCAUCCACAACUAUCACAACUGUUCCGGAAACAACUACCACACCAGUACCAUCCACAACGACUACAACUGUUCCGGAAACAACUACCACACUUGCUCCAUCCACAACGACCACAACUAUUCCGGAAACAACUACCACACCUGUACCAUCCACAUCGACCACAACUGUUCCGGAAACAACAACCACACCUGUACCAUCACCAACGACCACAACUGUUCCGGAAACAACUACCACACCUGUACCAUCCACAACGACUACAACUGUUCCGGAAACAACUACCACACCUGUACCAGCUACAGCGACCACAACUCUUCAAGAAACAACUACCACACCUGUACCAUCAACAACCACAACGACCACAACUGUUCCGGAAACAACUACCACACCUGUCCCAUCCACAACAACCACAACUGUUCCAGAAACAACUACCACACCUGUGCCAUCCACAACUACCACAACUGUUCCGGAAACAACUACCACACCUGUACCAUCCACAACGACUACAACUGUUCCGGAAACAACUACCACACCUGUACCAUCCACAGCGAACACAACUGUUCCGGAAGCAACUACCACACCUGUACCAUCCACAGCGAACACAACUGUUCCGAAAACAACUACCACACCUGUACCAUCCACAACGACUACAACUGUUCCGGAAACAACUACCACACCUGUACCAUCCACAGCGAACACAACUGUUCCGGAAGCAACUACCACACCUGUACCAUCCAUAGCGAACACAACUUUUCCGGAAACAACUACCACACCUGUACCAUCCACAACGACUACAACUGUUCCGGAAACAACUACCACACUUGUACCAUCCACAGUGAACACAACUGUUCCGGAAGCAACUACCACACCUGUACCAUCCACAACGACCACAACUGUUCCGGAAACAACUACCACACCUGUCCCAUCCACAACAACCACAACUGUUCCGGAAACAACUACCACACCUGUUCCAUCCACAACUACCACAACUGUUCUGGAAACAACUAACACACCUGUACCAUCCACAACGACUACAACUGUUCCGGAAACAACUACCACUCCUGUACCAUCCACAGCGAACACAACUGUUCCGGAAGCAACUACCACACCUGUACCAUCCACAGCGAACACAACUGUUCCGGAAACAACUACCACACCUGUACCAUCCACGACUAAAACUGUUCCGGAAACAACUACCACACCUGUACCAUCCACAGCGAACACAACUGUUCCGGAAGCAACUACCACACCUGUACCAUCCACAACGACCACAACUGUUCUGGAAACAACUACAACACCUGUACCAUCAACAACAACCACAACUGUUCCGGAAACAACAACCACACCUGUACCAUCAAUAACGACCACAACUGUUCCGGAAACAACUACCACACCUGUACCAUCCACCACGACUACAACUGUUCCGGAAACAACUACCCCACCAGUACCAUCCUCAACGACCAUAACUGUUCCGGAAACAACUACCACACCUGUACCAUCCACAGCGAACACAACUGUUCCGGAAACAACUACCACACCUGUACCAUCAACAACGACCACAACUGUUCCGGAAACAACUACCACACCUGUACCAUCCACAACGACUACAACUGUUCCGGAAACAACUACAACAACUGUACCAUCAACAGCGACCACAACUAUUCCGGAAACAACUACCACACCUGUACCAUCCACAACUACCACAACUGUUCCGGAAACAACUACCACACCUGAACCAUCCACAACGACUACAACUGUUCCGGAAACAACUACCACACAUGUACCAUCCACAACUACCACAACUGUUCCGGAAGCAACUACCACACCUGUACCAUCCACAACGACUACAACUGUUCCGGAAACAACUACCACAUCAGUACCAUCCACAACGACUACAACUGUUCUGGAAGCAACUACCCCACCAGUACCAUCCACAACGACCAUAACUGUUCCGGAAACAACUACCACACCUGUACCAUCCACAGCGAACACAACUGUUCCGGAAACAACUACCACACCUGUACCAUCAACAACGACCACAACUGUUCCGGAAACAACUACCACACCUGUACCAUCCAUAACGACUACAACUGUUCCGGAAACAACUACCACACCUGUACCAUCAACAGCCACCACAACUGUUCCGGAAACAACUACCACACCUGUACCAUCCACAACUACCACAACUGUUCCGGAAACAACUACCACACCAGUACCAUCCACAACGACUACAACUGUUCCGGAAACAACUACCACACCUGAACCAUCCACAACGACUACAACUGUUCUGGAAACAACUUUUACACCAGUACCAUCCACAACUACCACAACUGUUCCGGAAACAACUACCACACCAGUACCAUCCACAACGACUACAACUGUUCCGGAAACAACUACCACACCAGUACCAUCCCACAACGACUACAACUGUUCUGGAAACAACUACCCCACCAGUACCAUCCACAACGACCAUAACUGUUCCGGAAACAACUACCACACCUGUACCAUCCACAGCGAACACAACUGUUCCGGAAACAACUACCACACCUGUACCAUCAACAACGACCACAACUGUUCCGGAAACUACUACCACACCUGUACCAUCCACAACGACUACAACUGUUCUGGAAACAACUUUUACACCAACCCAUUAACAGCAAAUGUACGCGGAACAACUACUAACCAAGUAGCAUCAUCAGCAAAAACAACUGUUCCUGAAGGAACAACUUUACCAGCAGCAUCAUCAAUAACAUCAACUGCUCUGGAAAGCUAUAUUACACAAGAACCACUAACGACAAAUGCAAAUGGAACAACUACUACCUUAGAAGCAUCAUCAGCAGGAACAACAACUGUUCUGGAAGUAACUACUUUACCAGUAGCAUCAUCAACAGGAACAACAACUGUUCUGGAAGUAACUACUUUACCAGUAGCAUCAUCAACAGGAACAACAACUGUUCCUGAAGGAACUACUUUACAAGAAACGUCAUUAACGAAAGCAACUGCUGGGGAAACCUCUGUUACACCAGAACCAUUAACAACAAAUGUUCAUGAAACAACAACUACUACCCAAGUAGCAUCAUCAGUAAGAACAACAACUGUUCCGGAAGCAAUAACUACACAAGUAGCCUCAGCAACGACAACAGCUGCUCUGGAAACCUCUAUUAGACCAGAAACAUUAAAAACAAAUGUACAUGAAACAACAACAACUACCCAAGUAGCAUCAGCAGCAGAAACAACAACUGUUCCAGAAGCAACUACUUUACCAGUAACGUCAUCAACGACAGAAAAUGGUCUGGAAACCUCUAUUACACCAGGACCAUUAAAAACAAAUGCACAUGAAACAACAACUACUAUCCAUGUAGCAUCAUCAGCAGAAACAUCAACUGUUCCAGAAGCAACAACUUUACCAGUAACGUCAUCAACGACAGAAAAUGGUCUGGAAACCUCUAUUACACCAGGACCAUUAAAAACAAAUGCACAUGAAACAACAACUACUAUCCAUGUAGCAUCAUCAGCAGAAACAACAACUGGUCCUGAAAUAACAACUUUACCAAUAGCAUCAUCAACGACAGCAAAUGGUCUGGAAACCUCUAUUACACCAGGACCAUUAACAACAAAUGUAUACGGAACAACAACUACUACUCUAGUAGCAACAACAGUAAAAACAACAACUGUUCCGGAAGCAACUACUACACAACGAAGCCAUUACCAAAAAACUAUGUCUGAAACAACAAGUACUACCUCCAUAGCAUCAUCUGCAGCAAUAACUGUUCUGGGAAACAGCUACUUCGCCAAUAUCGUCAACAACAUCAACAACUACAACAACAACAAUAACAGAUGUUUCAGAAAUAUCCACUACACCAGAAGCAUUAUCAACAACUGA